UAUUUGUAUAACACAUUGGUACAGGGUAAUUUAAGAACGUUUUAUAUCUAGAAUGAUUUGCUGCUGGCCAAAAAGAUGAUCAAAUCUCUUUCAUUGUUUUUACUAAUGAAGGAAGACAAUUACCCUGAUACACAUGAUAUGGAAUUCUUGGAACUGCUCCUCCAACAAACACGUAAAUCUUUUUCAUUAUAAUACUUCUGAGGAUGCAUUUAAUCAACUCUUUAUCUAGCCAUACCUUGAUAUCAUUAGUAAGACUAUCACGCUCCAUAAUUUUAAAUCAGAUUUUGUGCAAGGACAGCCCUAUUUAAAGAGUAUGAGCAGGCAAUUAAAAGCUUGUAACCUAUAUAUUGAUGAUGAAAAUCAAUAUAAAUCUGACGGUUUAUUAAAGCUUUUCGGGUUGAAGGAGUUAGAAUUGCUGUUGUUAGAGACUUCCGACUGCCUUAUAAACAAGGAUAGAAAUAAGACUAAUUUCGACCAUCAUAAAAGCGUGUUUGGUACAUUGGUGAUGCUUAAAUGUAUCGCUGAUGAUUAUGCUUUUGGAUCAGUUGUAAAUUUUACAAAGGUUAAAGUGUUUUUUCUGCAUGCAGUAGACAGUGAAUUACAUUUCUGGAGUGUUUGCUAUCAAAAAGAAGAUGUUUUCGAUCUCUGGAGAGAGUCGACACUUCUUAUCAAGCCAGACUUUCAGGAUAAGGAAGAUUUCGUACUUAAUUUGAUGCAAUUCUGUUGGGAUAUUAAGUCUGUACGAAACAUUAUACACUUGGUAAAAAAACUGUAUAUGUAUAGAAAUGGGCCAAAUAUUAGCUACAAGGAUUUGAUAUAUGUUU